AACCGGCUCUGUCCGUCUGCCACAUUCAGUAGCUAAUGGCUGACAUGGACGAGCUGCUCUCGCCGUGCCCCUCAUUCUCCCCUCCCUUGACCCCGUUCUUCCUCUCCCACGCCGGCCACCCCGUCAUCGAGUUCGCUUCCUACGAGGUCCCUGAGCAAUGGAUGCUCGACGACGGCGACAACCUGUGGCCCGUGGGGUGCUCCCUCUCGCCACACUCUGAGCUCUCCGCGCCGCCGCCUCCUCCUCAACCGGCACCCCCGCCGCAGCAGCAGGAGCCGAUCGUCACGGCCCCGGCGCAGCGCCCGGGGAAGCGGCGGGGGCGGAAGCCUGGGCCCCGCCGCGCGAACGGCCCAACCGUGAACCACGUGGAGGCCGAGCGGCAUCGCCGGGAGAAGCUGAACCGCCGGUUCUGCGACCUCAGGGCCGCCGUCCCCACCGUGUCGCGCAUGGACAAGGCCUCCCUUCUCGCCGACGCCGCCGCCUACAUCGCCGAGCUCCGCGCCCGCGUCGCCCGCCUCGAGGCCGAGUCGAGGCGGGCCGCCGCCGCGAGGUGGGAGCCCGCCGUGGUCUCGUGCGGCACCCAGGGAGCCGACGAGACGGUGGUGGAGGUGCGGAUGCUGGGGCCGGACGCGGCCGCGGUGCGCGCGACGAGCGCGGGCACGCACGCCGCCGCGCGGCUGAUGGGCGCGCUCCGGUCGCUGGAGCUGCACGUCCAGCACGCCUGCGUCACCCGUGUCCACGGCCUGACCGUGCAGGAUGUUGUGGUCGACGUGCCCGCCUCGCUGCAGGACGACGGCGGCGGCGGCCUCCGCGCCGCGCUACUCCAGGUGCUGCAGGGCAGCGCGCCGGCUAGCCCCAGCUCGUAGAGCUCAUCGAUCUCGUCCCCUCCGUCCGUACCGUAACGUACAGUUGUAGCUUGUCAUUCUCGCUUCCCGAGAAUCAAACGUAAUUCUCUUUAAUUAAAUAUAUAUAAAU